CUCUAUCGAAAUCUCCACUGAUCAUUCUCAAGUAGUACAAUACCAAUGGCUGAGUCGGUUGUUUCGUCCGUGGGGCAGACAAUAGGAAAGCUGCUCAUCGACGAGGCCAAAUUCUUGUGGGGCGUGGAGGGCAAGGUCGGGGACUUGAAAAUGGAGCUGAACCUGAUCCAGUGCUUGCUGAGGGAUGCGGACAGGAGACGAGAGCACGGCGAAGCUGUCGGAGAAUGGGUCACGCAACUCCGAGACGUUGCCUAUGAUGCCGAGGACGUCAUCGAGCGAUACAUCCUCAGAGUCGCGCCGAAGAAGGGACGAAACAUCAUCAAAGCGUAUGCUUGCUUCAUGGCAAAAUGCAUGUGCGUGCAUACUUAUGUGGUGGGGACAGAGAUUGGGGGCUUAAAAUCCAGAAUUUCCGAUAUUGUAAGCAGGAUGCAAAAGUAUGGCAUACAAUCUGCGAAGGAAGGGGAACGCGAACACGCGAAAGCUUCCACGCCGAAACAGACUUACGCCCAUUUUGAGGAGGAUUUUGUUGGGAGGGAAGACAAUAUUAAGGAGUUGGUGAAAGAGUUGUUGAAGGAUGGAAAAGAGCAGAGAGUUAUUUUUAUAUGGGGAAUGGGUGGUUUGGGUAAAACCUCACUCGCUAGGCAAGUCCUCGCUCUUGACAAAGUGAAGACGAAUUUUGAUUGUUUCGCUUGGUCUUACAUAUCCCAAGAAUACAACGUGAAAGAUAUAUUGGUGGAAAUUCUUGUUAAUUUGAUAUCUCAUCAAAGAGAGAGGGUUAUGAACAUGAUAGAUCAAGAAUUGUUUAAAGCUCUAUACAAGAUCCAACAAGAGAAGAGAUGUAUUGUGGUUCUUGAUGAUAUUUGGACCAAACGGGCAUGGGACAGUCUUCGAGCCGCAUUCCCAGUCAAGAACACGAGAAGCAAGCUAGUGAUAACGACCCGCAAUAGAGAAGUAGCGGAGUAUAUUGAUCCUCAAGGUUUUUUUCAUGAACCUCAGUGCUUAUCGGACAAGGAGAGCUGGGAGUUGCUGAUGAAGAGAGCGUUUCCUAAAACGAAAGGGUUAGCUGUUGGACUUUCUUCUGUUGGACCAAAAGUCGGUGAAGGUAUUACUGUGGGGCAAGCUGUAGAAGGUAUCACAAUACAGUCAGAGGUAGAGGGACAAAGACAAGUAAACACUGACGACAUGGAGAGGUUAGGAUAUGAACUCCUUAAGAAGUGUGGAGGAUUACCCUUGGCUGUCUCUGUGCUUGGUGGACUUUUGGCUGUCAACGAGUGGGAAACGGUUUACGAAAAGAUCAAUUUGCAUUUUAGUGACAUGAGUGAUGUAUCAAAAGUGUUAGCCUUAAGCUAUGACGAUCUACCAUGGCAUCUAAAGUCAUGCUUCCUCUAUUUGGGUAGCUUUCUGGAGGAUGCAGAAAUCCCUGUAAGGAAGGUUCUUCACAUGUGGAUUGCUGAAGGCUUUGUGUUGCUGAAUGACAAAGAGAGAGAAAUUCCGGUGGAACAUGUAGCAGAGCAACAUUUAACGGAGUUGGUUAAGAGGGGGAUGGUUCAAGUACGAUUCAACUUGAGUGGAAAGAUCAAAACAUGCCACCUCCACGACCUCAUGCGAGACUUAUGCGUCUCCAAGGCCACGCAGGAGAGUUUUCUAAGCAUUCUUAACAUUCACCAAGACAACAAGCCGGAGGAUUGUACUUCUUCGAUGGCAAUAAAAGUCGAGUCAACUUGCAAAACACGAAGGCUUUCUCUCAAUAUGCAUGUGAGUGCUAAAGGAAACAUGAUUCCGAGCAUAAAAUCAAUGGAAAGGACUAUGCUCCACCUUCGAACUCUCAUGUUCUUCGGACAUGUCAAUAAUGAGUGGAAGCAAUUUCAACCUAUUUUCAUCAACUGUAAGUUCCUUAGAGUUCUAAAGCUGGAGCGCCUUCCAAAGAUGAAAGGAAAUUUACCUAAAUCAGUGGGAGACCUAGUCCAUUUGAGAUUCUUAAGUUUUGCAGGAAGUUGGUUCAAGGGCUUGCCUCAAUCUUUGGGAAACCUUGUAUGCAUGGAAUUCUUGAACCUGCAUUUUGUAUCAUGUGAUACGGUAAUUGUGCCAAAUGUGUUGUGGAAGAUGAUAAGGUUGAGGUGCCUCCAACUUCCCAUCAUGUUUGCAGUCCAGGAGAAAUCCAUUGUGCCAAAUGUGUUGCGGAAGAUGACAAAUUUGAGGGGUCUCCGCCUUCCCAUCCUGUUUGACGUCAAGAAAAAAUCCAAUGGGGAUCAGAAGAAGUUGCGGUUGGACACUUUGAAGAAUCUACGGACAUUGAGAAACUUUUGUCCGGAUAACUGUGAUGUGAACAAUGUAGGUAAACUGACCAAUCUGCAAAAACUAACUGUUAUUCGUUGUCAAGAGUCGGAGAUAAUUCCAAAACUUGCUGAAUUCACUUUAAAACAUCUUCGAUCCUCAUCUUUUAGAUUCUCAGGCCGUGAUCGUUCAUUCACCGAAGGUGAAUUGUGUCAAAUGUCAAGUUGUCACCAUUCUUGUACGUUGUCCAUACAUGGAAAAAUAGAGAAGUUACCGGAGCACAAGAAUCUACCCCAGCAACUGAGGAAGCUAGUCUUACUCUAUUCCAUACUCGAAGAAGAUCCGAUGCCGAUAUUGGAGAAAUUGCAUCACUUGGUUGUUCUCCUGCUGGGUUCUUGGGCUUUUGUGGGAAAGAAAAUGGUUUGCUCUGCAGGAGGCUUUCCUCAACUCAAGCAUUUAGUUCUUUCUGAUUUGUCCUAUUUGGAGGAGUGGAGGGUCAUUGAAGGAGCCUUGCCUCAUCUUUCUCGAUUGGGGAUCAGCAGAUGUCCCAAAUUGAAGAUUUUGCCUAGAGGGAUCUCCACAUAUGAUGGUUCGGGAGACAUGUUUGAUGAGCUUUGGAGGCACCCUGACUUGGGGAUAGUGCCUUGGUAGACUAAUAAUUAAUUUGAAAGGCCAAGUAGGGCAUUUCUACUCUGGCAUGAAGCAGCCCCAUAAUAAUUUUUUUCCAGCAAAGUUUGUA